CUCCUCGAAGUAUAUUGAAACUAGCUCUCUCCAGCCCAUGGACUAGUUAACACACAUUGUGUUAGUGAACCACGUAAAUCAUGUGUCGUGUGUGUACUUCGUUUUACCGCUUUAUCGAAUCCUCAUAUUUUCCGAUCCGCAGAGCAACCAUUCACACAACCUUUACCUUAUAGUUAGAGGGUUAUUUGGUUUGUAUUCUGAGUUUGGUUUGGGUUUAGUCUAUGCUCUAAUGAACUUAUCCAUGUCAAUUGUCAUAAACAGAGGUCCAUUUGAACUUUUGUGAUAUUAAUUUGGAUGUGGGCACAAAUUUAUCUGUCCACUUUCGAUGAAAUAAUGGAUGGAGAUGAACAAAAUAUCUGUCUUCUAAAUUAGUACAUGUAAAGUUAAUAAUGUCUAAUCUAAAUUACAUUUUAUUAGUAACCUCUAACUUAAGUGACCAUCUAUAUAUGUACCAGUACAAAUCUACAUUUAUACUAAAAGUACAAAAUGAAGAUUCCACCAAGACUCGAACUCUAACAUUUUGAGUUAUCUUUUUAUGUAUAGUGUUGCAUAUACCUGGAUGUUGGGUGGGCACGCUUCGGGCUCGUUAAUCUCGUGUCGUGCUUAGCAUAUCCCGUAAGUUUUCGUGUCAUGUUGUGUUAGCUCAAUUUUCAAAUUCUUUUAAGUCUUGCACUAGUUAGCGUACGAUUGUAAUCGUGUCGUGCCUACUGGUGCUCGUGUCAUGCCGAUCUUAUUCGUGAUUAAUGAAAAGAAACCAAUUAAUUGAGGGAAUGAAAAAGAAGGGAAAAAAAAUUGGAAGGAGAAUGAAAGUAUUAAUUGAUUGUGUUUAUACUUAUUAGGGUCGAAGAAAAAUCAUCGUUCGUUAUAGUCCACUUAUAAAUUGUGUUGUGUAUAACCGUCUAUACUCAUAUCGUACUGAUCAAUACAUCUCGUACCCGUACUCAUAUCGCGUUCUAACAGUAUGGUAUUGUGUUAAACCGUGGACCCGACCCGGUUUCACCCCUCUCUCUCACUCUAAUGAUUAUGACCAGAAGUCCGCCACAAUUUACUGGUACCUGCACUGCCCUCUAGGUACCUCCGAUGAUCAGCGUGAUGUGAUGUACCACUCUCCCACAGUCAAAACCGUAAAUGAUGAAAACUAAAGUGGGUCGAAGAAAUGUUGCAGAGACAAACCGCACUGCCAAAAUUUUGAAAACCACAAAAAAUCCCCCCUCUGCCCACAACCACAACAGUAGUUAAUUUGAGAGUUUGCUUUGUUGACCGGUCAACGUUUGCUCCCGUCCGCCACGUAGCUUUACUCUUUCCUUUCCUCCCUUGUCUUCUACCUUUUUCACUUCUCUAGGCAUGCGGCCGCCCAACUUAACGGCCAAAAACUACCAACAAACAGACAAACACCACCAACAUUAUAAUUAUUAAUUACCCCAAAAGAUGUGAAAGGUAAAGGCUUCCCUUCCCUUCCCCCCGUAAUUCCAGCAAUCAGCCAAUCACCUCCAAAAAAACUAACCACAACCGGCGCAGUGAUUGCAGCAUGCUCUGCCUCUCUCUCUCUGCCUCACUCACCCUACAUUUUCAAUUUAUUAGACCCCACCAAACCCAGAAAUGUUCGCCUUGUUUGUUUCCACUUCCACACCCAAAAACCCUUCCUCUAACUUGUAGCUGUAGGCUUUGUGUCCUCCUCUGCUUCUUCUAUAUAUACCACACCCAAUUCCUCACUUCCCAUUCAUUCCCCUCCACCACACAACCCAAACCCACAAACAACAAUGGCAUUACCCUCCACCUUCAUUCUCCUCUCUCUCCUUCUCCUCCUCCUCCCUGCCCUCAUUUCCUCCUCCCCUGUCCACGACCCCGAUCUCGUCGUACAAGAAGUACACCGGGCAAUUAAUGCGUCGAGGAGGAUGCUAGGGUACCUGUCCUGCGGAACAGGGAACCCAAUCGACGACUGCUGGCGUUGCGACCCAAACUGGGAGAAGAACCGGCAGCGUCUCGCCGACUGCGCCAUCGGGUUCGGCAAAAACGCCAUCGGCGGCAGGGACGGCAAGAUCUACGUGGUCACCGACCCGAGAGACAACGACGCCGUGAACCCGAAACCGGGGACCCUCCGCCACGCCGUGAUCCAAGACGAGCCGCUGUGGAUCAUCUUCCAGCGCGACAUGACCAUCCGGCUGAAGGAGGAGCUGAUCAUGAACUCGUUCAAGACCAUCGACGGCCGCGGGGCGAGCGUCCACGUGGCGGGCGGGCCGUGCAUCACGGUCCAGUACGUCACCAACAUCAUCAUCCACGGGAUCAACAUCCACGACUGCAAGCAAGGCGGGAACACCAACGUGCGGGACUCCCCGCGGCACUACGGGUGGAGGACGGUGUCGGACGGCGACGGCGUGUCGAUCUUCGGCGGGAGCCACGUGUGGGUGGACCAUUGCUCCCUGUCCAACUGCAACGACGGGCUGAUUGACGCCAUCCACGGCUCCACGGCGAUCACCAUUUCCAAUAAUUACAUGACCCACCACGACAAGGUCAUGUUGUUGGGCCACAGCGAUAGCUAUACUCAGGACAAGAACAUGCAGGUCACAAUUGCGUUCAAUCACUUUGGCGAAGGUCUCGUUCAGAGAAUGCCCAGGUGUAGGCACGGGUACUUCCACGUGGUGAACAAUGACUACACACAUUGGGAAAUGUACGCCAUUGGAGGGAGUGCUAAUCCGACCAUCAACAGCCAAGGCAACCGAUUCGUUGCUCCUAAUAAUAGGUUCAGCAAAGAGGUGACGAAAUACGAGGAUGCGCCGGAGAGCGAGUGGAAGAAUUGGCAUUGGAGAUCGGAAGGGGAUUUGAUGUUGAACGGGGCGUUCUUUACGACGUCGGGGGCAGGGGCGUCGUCGAGCUAUUCCAGGGCGUCGAGCUUAGGAGCGAAGCCAUCGUCACUUGUGGGUUCGAUCACAGUGGGAGCUGGUGCGCUCACUUGCAGAAAAGGCUCGCGUUGCUAGCCGAUGGUCAAGAACUCGAAGAUGGAUGGAUGGAUGGAUGAUACAUAUACAUAAAUUAAUUGAGCCUCCAAAGUUGGGGGACCUUAUUUACUAGUUAGAAAAAAUGUGGGGGGUAAAGGAAGGACCGGAAGGAAGGGCUAAUUAAGAAGGAGUGGAGAAAAAAAGGGGUAUGGAACAGUAAUUUUACAGCUGGGGGGUUGGAGAGGGGAUUAAUGAUGAAUGUGGUGGUGGGAAUUGAAGGGGAUGAAAAGUCUUACCCUCUUCACAGUAUUGUCGUUUGGUUUGUUCUUUUUUUGGUUUAUUUUUAUUUUUGGGCCGACUCGUUAAGCAGUUUGAUGUAACAACCUCGGCUUGUUAAUCUUAGGAUCCAUCCGAUCAAAAGGAUUCUGUUGCGAGGAAUCAGAAAUUGGAUAGAUUUCUAGGAAGAUUGUUGGAAAAAAGAACAAGUUUAGAAGUGUUGAUAUAUGUGUAAAGUAUAUGUUUAUAAGUUAAAUGUAGUGUUUUCUGAUCCUCCAUCUGCAAUCUUACUUAUUGUUUGCCCUUUAGCUAAGAAUGCCUUGAUAGAUAUUAGAUAGUAAUAUUUACUUCCAUGCAUAACAAUGUCAACUAUUUCCACAAGUUCAUACAAAGUUUGAAACCUACUCAUCAUGGCACCAUACAUGACGAGUGCUAAGUCACGGAUACAAAACAAAAUUCAACGACUUCAAUAAUAUUACGAAACUUUAUGAUCAAUAAUUUAACUUAGUGUUGUUAUACUUGUAUUUCGUUAACUUCCAUUCCCUGUUGGGAAUUCAGCACCGAUGCUUACACUCUUGGUGUAGGCAAAAAUUGGACACUUAAGUCUUAUCGUUAUAACUAGAGGUGGCAAUUGGAUCGGAUUCGUGGAUUCGUGGAUUGGAUUGGUGGAUCCGUGGAUCAAAUGGAUUGGAUCCAAUGGAUUGGUGGAUUCAUGGAUUGGAUCAAAUGGAUUGGUGGAUUGAUCCAUGAAUCCAAAUGACAUCUAAGGCUUGGACCAAAAUAUAAAUUUUGAAAAUUUUAGGUACUAAAAUAUCAUAAUAAAAAAUUUUAGGUAUCAAAAUGUAAUUUUCCAAUGAUAUUUUUCGUAUAAAAAUAUUAAUUUUAGGUACCAAAAUGUAAACUAUAAAAAAUAUAGGUACCAAAACGUAAUUUGUCAUUUGGAUCCAUGGAUUGAUCUAUGAAUCCACCAAUCCAAUUGGAUUUAGAUCAAAUGGAUUGGAUUUAAAUAGAUUUAAUUAGAUGGAUAAUUUGGUGGAUGGAUUGGAUAGGAUUCAUGGAUUUGGAUCCUAAUUGCCACCUCUUGUUAUAACGGAGAUCUAAUUUGCAGGACCCACGAGAGGAUUAUGGAAUCAAUUGGGGCUGGGGACAGAUAAAGAGACCUAAUAGAAAAAGAGCAAAGGCACAUGCAAUGCAAGGCAAUGGAAGUUGUUUUCAUGAAUGGUCUCCUAUUGAGUGGACUAAAAAAAAAAAAAAAAAAAAAAAUUGGCCUGUUUCCAACUUCCUCUUUAGAUUACAUCUUUGACAAAGUUGCACCAUUGUCCCCAACGAUUUCACGGUCCAUUUUCCCCUCCACUUAGCCUAAUUAUUGCACAUGCAUCGUACAAAGAAAACUUGAACUGGAUUCAUUAUGGAAAAGUGGGGUUUAAGGCAUCCAAUUUUGAAUUUUAUAUAUUUUUAUUCAUAUUUUAACUCGGAUAUAUUAGUAAAUUUUGUUUUAUCUACACUUUUAGUCUUUUACCUUUUUUUUCUUCGUUAUACAUUUAUUUUGGAAUUGAUUUUUUAUUACAAUAGCUCUCUUAUCCGGUGGUGAAUAAGAAUGACCGUAAUGC